AUGGGUGCUGCAAAGAAAUUGUUGAGUGAUAAAAUUUUUCAUAGAUAUAUAUCACCAUCAUCAUCAUCAUUUUCAUUAUCAUCAUUAUCAACAUCACAACAGAACAGAAUGGACACAAUUUUAGUAUUGCACACACAGUGUACAGUUUUAGUUAAAUACAUAAAUAGCAAAAAGCUACAACAACAGCAAGAACAACAAGUUAGGAUUUUAAAUUUUAAAUUACUUAAAACUAAAGAUUUGAUUCAUUAUCCAAAUCAAAAAGUUAAUAUAAUUGGAGUACAGCAGCAACAGCAACAAUACAAUCAUAGAAACGACAAGAAUCAGAGAAAAACCUUUAAUAAUAAUAGUAGUUGUAACAGUAGUGACGCAUCAUCAGAAAUAAUAAGAGCUCAAAACUCUUUAUGUAUUAUUAAUAAUCAACAACCUUCAACAAAUAACAAUAGAAACCACUCUAGAAACCUACAACAACAAAAGAAAUUUAAUAAGAACAGCGUUGAUAAUCUUUCGAAUUUAUUAGAUAAAUCAUAUAUCACUAAGCCAGUCAUUGCAAAGACAACAAUAACGACACCACCAAAAACAUUAUCACCUACACACGACACUGCAGCUGGCGCCGCAAUUGAUGAGGCAUCAAAGGAGGCAGCUGAAUCCAGUUCUGCAACAUCAUCCGAUGUCGCCGAGGUUGCCAAGAAGCAAUCGAGUUCCGCUGCCGAAAUUAACCCAAUCGUAAUGGACGACGAAUCCAUCAAGUUGUAUCUCCCACUUCUUCACGUAACAGCAGAGUUUAUUGAGAAUCAAAUGGAUUCAGAGACACCAGAAUCCGACGAAGACCCAAUCAGCUCAUCAUUUAACGCGGCAUCAUCGCCAAAUAUCUCUGUAUUUCAGUAUCUACGUAGAAUUCUUAAAUAUACCAUGUUUGACGAGGAAAUCUUUGUCAUCACUGUAAUAUAUCUGGAUAGACUCAAAAGACUCAAUCCAAAAUUCCAAUUUAACAACCUCAACAUUCACCGCCUUAUCAUGACAUGUGCUCUACUAUCGUCAAAGUAUCAAAACGAAAAGUCACUGGACAAUCGAUACUAUGCUCAGGUCGGAGGUGUUUCUCUAUCUGAAAUCAACUUUUUAGAGUUAAAGCUGUUGGCUUUUCUCAAUUAUAAUCUAUACAUAGACCGCGAAGAGUUUGAUAAGUACCUUAAAGUUAUCCAAACUGGUGUUGAUGAAUACCGAAGAUCCCAAAGUCCACCUCAGCCAGUCUCCUCACCAUCACCACCCCCAACCAUUCCCACUUCCACCACACCACCCUUACCUACCAACAACAACAACAAUAAUAAUAGUGGUAAUUUAUCUUCACAAUCAAAACCAUUCCGACAAAAGUCAAAUUCCUACCAAACGAAUGGUCAACAACUCAAUAGCUUUGUAAAUACUAUCAACAAAGCUAAGCCAUUCCACCACCCAAAUUAUAAUACCUAUCCUCAACCACAACCAAUAUACUAUAACUAUCAACCCACCUAUCAAAAUGUAGAAUAUCAAAGUUAUGUGUCGAACGGCGCGCAACAACCAUACCAUGUUCAACAACACCCAUCAUACCCAUAUCCAGUAUAUCCCCAACCCACCGUAAUGUAUCAACAACAAGAUUUGACCACACCUCCAAGUGAACCAAACAGUCAUGCUUGGAACUAUUACUAUAGUCAGCCAGUCAGACAACAACCACAAACCUAUAAUCAUGCAAGAUACCCACAAUACCCAAAUUAA